AUGGAUCUUUCAAAACCAACAGUUCGAUCAUAUUAUAUGGAAUUUUUACGUUGUGCUGCAUGUUCACAAAAUUUUGAAUAUGAAAAUCCAUUAUAUCAUCCAAUAACAUUACCUAAAUGUGGGCAUACAAUGUGUAAACAAUGUAUUAAUAUAAUGGGUGGUCAAAAAGAAUGUCCACAAGAUCAAGUUUCAUUUGGAAAUACACCAAUUGAUCAAUUACCAACAAAUUAUCCAUUCUUAAUGAUGAUUUAUCGUUCAUCAGAAGGUCAAUGUCGAUCUUAUAUGGAAUUCGAUGAUCAAAAAAAAUCAUAUUUUAGUGAUAUUGAAAAAGGUUUUGGUGAAAUAUCACUUGUAAUUAUGCAAAUAAUUAAUAAUAAAAAAUAUCAAUCAAUACUCAGUCGUUCAACGAUACGAACAAUGUUUAGUUUAUUACAUAGUCAAUAUAUUAAUAAUGAAGGUUUUUUAAUAUUUAUUCAAGCAGCACGUAAUCUUGGUGAAAAUGUAUGUAUUGAUUUUAUUCUUCAUUAUCAAAGUCUUCAAGAAUUAAAAAAUAAUCUUGAGUCGGCUCUUGGUUUACAACAAGGUCAAUUUCCUGAACCAGCAAUAGAAGAAAAGAUAUUAAAAUUAAUUAUUCUAUUAAUUAAAUGUAGUGGAAUAUCAUCCGAACAACAUCUUAUGUAUUCUGUUACACAAUUAGUACAACGAAAAGAUCAAAAAAACAUUCAACCAAGUGUUGAAUAUAUUGUACGUUUACUUUUGGAUGUACCUUGCUUUGAAAUAGAACAAGUUGGAGAAUCUUCAUCAAUGCAACUUAAACCAGCAUUUCAAAAAUAUGAAAGUCUUCGCCGUGUAUAUGAUUCAAAAAUUAUUGAAAUGGCUAUGCAAUGUGGUUUUUAUAUGCCACCUGAACAAUGGUCACUAUUAUUAUAUGGAUAUACAACAAAUGAAUCAAUUAUAGAUCCAAUAAUUGAUAAAUUAUUAACAAAAACAUCAUUUCAAACAGCUAUUCAACAAUAUAAAAAGAUUGUUUUAUUAAGCGGUGCUGCUCAGAGUCAAGAUUUAAAUGAUUUAAUGAAACACUUUCAGUUUUUGUCAAACGAUAAUCUAGCAAUUGAUGCUUCAGGCGCAUCUGUACUAACUUCAACAUUAGAUAUGUUGAAGAGAGUUGUAAGCAUUUUAAAUAAAUUAAAAAAAUGA